AUGACACAGUUUGGAACGACAGAUUCGGCGACUCAUCUCAAUCACAUUCUGCCCAUUCCACAUACACCAUCGUAUCUUACGCGUCAUCCUAUUUAUCCAAAAGCUAGUCCCGAUCUGACAACACGUACGUUCAAUCCAGUCUUUCAAAGUUAUUGGCAAAAAUCAACAGACAAUUACGCUGAGAGAACUCGAGAUUAUCAUUGUGCAUCAUAUUCAUAUCUGGGACCAGAAUGGUUCAAAGCUCCACCAAAAGACUACGCGAAAUAUAAAGAACCGAUUCAACCAGCUGGACAGCAUUCGUUUGACAAUCGGCCACGUACUGUUGCCAAUCAGAGAUCACAAUCAAACGAUGACUGGUCUAAAUCCUUCGAUGAAUAUCCCGGUCGUUUCAAAAUAGCCUAUGCUUCACCCGACGAUGUCAAUGGUUUGUGCUUCAAAAACAAUCUUGUUCAGUACGAUUCCAGUGUUACUCAUCGACCUGAACGUUAUCCUUAUCAAACCGAUCGAGAACCACAUUAUCUUGCCGCAGGAGUACCUCUACGUAUGGAACCAAUGACAAAUCCGUUUCAAGAAUCGGAAUAUAAACAUAGAGAAAUAACAACUCAAUCAUCAUGGUAUCCGUACGGAAAUACACCAGUGCGUUUCCAAGAUAAUACUCGCCAAAAUCCCCGAUUCUAA